AGUAAGUGGGUGCUCGCAGUAUUUACAAGAACUUAUCAAGGGGGUGAUGGUCUCUGGGCUGACAUAUCCAUGAGCGGGGUGAUGAGGAGUGACUCCUUCGCAAGGACUACUUCAUCAUGGGAUACGGAUACCACACGAGGGAUAAAGACGGAAGUGAAAUAAAGAAGCUUGCUACAUCGAAAUUUGUGCACUUUGGCAGGCCAAGUCGGAGAUAUCCUCUUCUGCCAAGCUCACCCCAAAUUGCAGCAGGAUCGACCACACAGCAAUGCAGGCACAUUCCCCACCCUCAAACCAAUACCUGCCACCCUCCGGCAUGAUGGGCACUGGAGGCGGUCUUGACGACUGGUGCGAUGUCACCACCGAGCUUGACGGCAUACGGAGUGCACACAGCCCGGGCGAACCACUCUCUCGGAUCUCCGCCGAGGAGAGCAUGCGGGAGCGCAUCAUCCAGAUCACUGCAGAUGAGAAGGACCUGUUAGCAUUCUACAACAUCUCGCUGUCGAAAACCCGCCAAGCCGCUCUCCGUGGUUUCUACUCGGACGAACUGGCCGGCCUCGAGACCCUCUCCUUUGAGCAGUUCAGCCAAGAGGACAAUGUCGACUACCUACUUCUGAAGAACUACCUCGGCAGGAACAUUCGCCGGCUGGAGCUGGAGGCCCGCCGUUAUGCCGGCAUCUCUCCCUUUUUCCCCUUUGCGGAGGCCAUUAUCGCUCUCUGCGAAGCGCACCAGCAGGUCCUGAUACCGGAUCUCGAGCCUAAGGACACCAGGAUGUCGGCAUUCCGUGCAGUAUGCGCCAUAAAGGAGCUCGGCAAGCAUCUCGACGAGUUCUCCGGGUUCUUCAAGGGAUAUGAUCCCCUCUUCGAUUGGUGGGUCACCUCGCCUUUCGAAGAGUUCCAACAGGCCGCAAGCAAGCUCGCAUCCGGCAUCCAAACCAAACUACUCAGCGGCGACGGGGACGACGACGCCAUCGGCAGGGAGGGCCACCUAGCCGAGCUAGAAGCCCAGCUGAUCCCCUACACCCCCGAGAAGCUGCUCGCCAUCGCUCGCCGAGAGUACGCCUGGUGCGAAACCGAAAUGAAGAAAGCCUCCCGCGAACUCGGCUUCGACGACAACUGGCGCGCAGCCCUCGAGCACAUCAAGACCCUCCACACCCCACCCGGGGCCCAAGCGUGCCUAGUCAAGCACCUCAUCGACGAAAGCGCCUCACACGUCAAGCACGCCAGCCUGGUGACCGUCCCGCCGACCAGCGCACCAACCAGCCCCUUCUUCCUCGGCGGCCCGACAAUCCACGUGGCCUACCCGACGUCCUCCACGGCCCACGCGGCCAAGACGUCCAGCAUGCGGACACCCAACAACCGCGCCUUCGCCCGCGCGACCGCCCCUCCACGAGAUGGUCCCGGGCCAUCACUGCCUGCAGCAGCUGUUCGCCGGCGGCGCGGCACGCCACCGCACCGCCGGGCGCGCUCGGGACGGCCGUUCUACGUCCAGGGAGAGCUGGGCCCUGUACGUACCGGGAGGUGGGUGCUGUGGGGGCGGCGGGGCGACUUCUUCGUGUCGGCGGCGGACUGCGUCGGGACACUCGCUGUUCUGGCGCAUGCACCGCUGCGCUUCCACCUCGGCGAGAUGGCGGCGCGGGAGUGCGUCGACCUGCUCGUGGAUAUGGUUGGGCACGAGCGCGCCACGGCCGAGGGGGGAGGUGCGGAGGUCGCUAGGCGGAGACUAUGGCCCGCUGUAUCAGGCUGCGUACUUGCUUGGGGCGCUGCAGCUGCGGCGCUGCGGUCUUAG